AUGGCCGAUCCAAGUGUUAAAAAUAUUUACUCUCAUACUCUGUUUCAGAUAUUUCCUGGAAACAAGGAUGUAUCCACUGUUGUACGAAACGAUCUAGAUCCUGCAUUUAUGGCAAGGUACAUCAGGGUUCAUCCAGGUUAUAAUACGGGUGCCAAUACCUGUAUGAGGCUUGAGCUAUAUGGUUGUGUGGCUGAAGAAGGUUUGUGGUAAUUUUGUUUUCUUUUAUUCACCAAUGCAUGUUAUACUGUGUAUAAAGUUUAUGCUGUACUGGUACAGAACAUUGUAUUUCUUUACUUUAGCCAUGUUGUACUGUAAUUGAUGUAAAUUAUACAUUGUACUCUUUUACUAUUCUAGGUAUUCUCUCCUACUCAAUGCCAGUUGGGCAAACAACCAAGAAUGGCAAAGUGCUCUACAAAGACACAUCUUAUAAUGGAGUAAUCACGAAUGGCUUUUACAAACAUGGCACUGGAAUACUUACAGAUGGCAAAUUUGGUCCUGCUGACUCGAAAAAACAUAUUGGCAAUGGAUGGGUAGGGUGGAAUGCUACUCAAUCACAAUAUAUUGACAUCACGUUCGAGUUUUCUGGUAUGAGAAAGUUCAAAGAUGUUAUACUAACUGUGAAGGUUGACAAGAAACGUGAUAAUGCUGUAUUUAGUAGAUCACAUAUAUUCUUGUCUUCAACCGAAGACAAUUUCUCAGACACAUCACUGUUUCUUCAGUACUGUCCAAGAGAUUUUCAAGCCAAAGAUGAUUCAUACAAUGCAAAUGUAACUUUGUCACUUUGUGAAAAUACAGCAAGGUUUAUGAAGUUGCGGUUAUAUUUUGGUGGAAAGUGGUUGUUAAUCUCUGAGAUCAGUUUUAAUUCAGGUAUUUUGGCUCGCUAAUUAUAUCUUGAACUUGAGAAUGUGAUCCUAUAUUUAUAAGUUAUAGAUAAGUCAUUGUCAGACUCCAGCUUGUCCAUUGUGUUGUGUGUAUUCAAGCAAAUCCGCGGGGCAUGUUUUUAGAAAUCUUGUCUGGA